CACCAUUCCGCCUGUGCUCUGUACCAAUUGCUACUAGGACCUCCCCACCUCGCCUCGUGCCCACACAAGAUCAAACUUUUUGUUGUUGGUUUACUCGUCUCAUCAUAAUCCAACAAUGCCUCCUCCAGCACCACCCUCAUCGUCGCGGGCUUCAGCCCAUGAUGAUGAUGCAUCUCCAGUAUCGGUGGCUGAUCGCAAGCUCUUAGUGCCGGAGCCAGCUCAUCAGAAAGCCUCGAUGCUUUCACCGUCAAAGAAGAAAAAGUACAGCAAGGUAUCGGUGGAUUCCCUCCUCGACCAUGUGGCCGCCUUGGACAUCCCUCGAGAGACGGCUGGUGCAGUGGCGACCUCAGAGCGAUUGGAACAACUUCGUCGCCUUCAGGAAGAGGGGCAGAAGUCGAGCACUUCACUCAUGUCCGAAAGUGGCAGCACUGUUCUCAGAGGCAUUGAUGGACUAUUGGGAGGUGCUCUUAGCAAGAGUGCCCGUCUUGAGCAGGAUGAUAAUGACGAUGAUGAAGUGCCCAAGAAACGCAUCAGUGAUUCUUCAAAGGGUACUACCCGGGGCAGAAAGCCCCGGCCUGCCUCUCCUCGUCGGUCCACCACACCACCUGGGGAGCUACGAAAGGGGGUGGCAGACCUGUCCAAGAGCGAUCACCCCCGCCCAUCAAAGUCCAAGCAACCGAAAAAGCGGAUCCAAAAGAGCAAAAGUGGUGGUGAAUUGGCAGAACAAGAAUCCGAGGAGAAUUCCAAAAUAGUGCCAAAGUCGAGACGCACGUCUCCGAGGCGAGCCACUACGCCUCCCAAAGCUCUCGAACGGAGCUUGCGGGAAGCAUCCAUGAGAACCAGCAAAUCAGCUCAGAAAAGCAGCAAGAAGACCAAAGAAGACGAGGAGGAUGAUCCCAGGAAGCGCCAUAGUGAUCCCAUUAAGCCGCCGCUGUCCUCCUCAAGCCAACCAGGAAAGACACGAAAAAGUCGUCGGGCUACCACACCACCCAAGUACCUUGGAUCUGAUAGUGGUUCUGGCAAAACGACGAAAAAGGCAUCACGUACUACUAGUAGUGGAGGGGAUGACAGAUCGCAAAAGGCGUCAUACCACCGAACGACCAGUACAGGGAGUGGUAGCAGCAGUGGAAAGCAACGCAAGCAGAAAAGGGUUACAAAGACAAAGUCUCAGGAGCCAACCGACCAGGACAUCCCUGGCUUGCAAAAGAUGCAAAAGGAUGCAGAUAAGAUUUUGCAGGAUUCCUUCUCGGCCCUCAGUUUGGAAAAGUUCACAGAACCAGAUUCCAAGAGUCUGCAUGCCUCUCUGUCUGCCAUGAGUUUCCAAAGACCUUCUGCGGAAGCAGCGACCAAGAAUUUGCAUGCUUCCCUGUCGGCAAUGAGUUUCCAACUCAAGAAUAACGCGAGCUUCAGCAGUAGUGACCACCAACUGUCUCUCGAGCAGGAUCUCUCACUACCCACGGGAAUGACAUACAAGCCCACCGCUGAAGACGCUACUAGUAGCAGCGCACCCAUUGCCAAAUCCGAUCGAGCGGGGAGAACCUUAUCGCCUUCCCGUAGGACUUCGAAGUCAUCAUCUGUCCGCGUCAACUCCACAGGCAGCUAUGAGCGCAAGGCGAAGAAAAGCAGCGUCGAAAAGACUAUCCCGUCUAUUCGCUCCGAACAAGACUUGUUCACCUUGGAGGCUAUACCGGAGAAGCGCAGCAAAGCAAGAUCGGAGAGGAAACCAGGAGCACUGAGAAAAGUGAAGUCCACUGCUGAUUCCGGAAAAGAGGACGAACUCUCGGAUGGGAAUGGUGCUGCCUCGAGAAAAGCGAGGACCACUUCUCCCCGUCGCAACACUGUGGCCGAGCAGAGCUAUCGUCGCACUACCAGCGGUGGUACCCUUGGCAGUGCUGGUUCCGCGACACAAAAGCCAAGGCGGAAAAAGGUAUUAGGUGCCAGUGCACACUCGAAAGUAGAUGCCGAUGCCUUGUCCAACUCCGAAGCCAACCACACCAAGGGUCCCCGCAACAAGCCAGAGGAGGAUAGAACGUCGGCUUCAUGCCCUGCCCAGAACCCGCAGGAACGCCGUGUUCGAGACCAAAACGGCCUGGCAGUUUCAACGUCGUCCCAUCAAGGUAGGAGCCGUCGACGAGACAUUGGCCGAGCCUCUCGAAGAACUACCAGCGUUGGUGCAAGAAGGGAGAGGCAGAAAAAAGUCUCGGGCGCAAGUGUGCACUUGAAUGUAGAGCAGGAUCUGUUGUCUGUCUCUGAGUCCAACAAUCAGAGUACUCUCGGCCGACGCCAUACCAACAUGGAUGAAAUGUCAAGCUCUUGUCCUGCGCAUAACUUUCAAGGUAGACGCCUCAGAGACAGCUCAGAGUUGAUGAUGAACAACUCGUCGUCAACGCACACGCAACGUCGUCGCCGUAGAGAUGACCUGGCCACGAUCUCGGCAUCUGACCACGGCGCUGCUGGUAGCAUUCGCCGACCUGGAGGACGAAGCUUUGAAGGCUCGACUUCCGUGCUGCGUUUGAAAUCCGACGGUGCCAUGCCCACAAUUGCCGAUUGCGCCUCGGUGGAGGUGGAGGACGAAGAAAAGAGUCCCGUGAAAACCAAACAGACUCGCGCCGGAAGAUACAACCGAUUCGACCACCCCAUCAGCCCUGUUCCGACUCGAAGGACUGGCAGACGUGUUGGCGCCCAGCAGAGGUUGUCUCUGGUGAGUUGCCUCGAUACUCCACUGGCUGAAGAUGUGGAAAAAGAGAAAGAAGAAUACAAAGCGCAGGAAAUAGCAGGGACAAAAGAUGUCGUGGUAGAACCCAACACUGCAAUCUCCGACCGACCAGCGCGCAGUCGUCUCAGGGCCAUGGAUCUCAGAGAGCGCCUCAACAAGGUAGAUGAGUCAUCUGAGCAGCCCAGCAACAAGGAAGCCGACGAAAGUGACACAAAGAGCGUAUUCACGGCCACUGUGGUUUUGCCCUUUGCGAAAGAAAUCCCGAAGGAGUUUCUGAAGGCCCAGCAACGAAAGGCGAAGUUGGAAGACAGCUUCGCGGACUUGGAAUUCCACAACGGAUUCUCGGAUCUUUAUGAAGAUGAAUCAGAGCACCUUGGCAUAGUCAUUUAGUUGAGGUUUGCUUUGCGGAACUGCAUUGUAUGCUUUCCGUUUGGCAUUCCUUAGCGAUGCAUAGAAAGAAAAGAAUAGGUUAAGUGUUCUGGAUACAAUUCAAAUAGUAGGCUUAAUCAAUCAAGUCACAGCUAGCUAGCCAGUUACAGGGUUUGGAACAAUCCACGAUGUACGAUUAGAAUGCCCAAGCCAACUUGUCCACCGACCGGAACAAGUUUGUAGGCGGCUCCACCGUGGCUAAAUAGUCAGAAAGAUACUCUUCAGAGCCACCACCAAAGAUGCCCGAGAGGAGGAAUUGGUAGUCAUAUACUUUCAAAGCUGGCAGUGUGUGGUUUUCGUUGGAUUCAAACCAGAAGGUCAACUCCAGGGUACCUCUGUAUGGCAUGCGACUUUCCCAUGGUAGGUAAACGGAUUGAGUCCAAAGCGCUGUGACUUCCUCCAGUUGGGAUGUUGUUGCUGAAAAAUGAGCUUCAAGUUGUGGCUCCAAAAAGGCCGCAGUAGACGCCAAGAGACCUUGCCAAUCGUCGUCUGAAGGAUCAGACUCGAAAGUGCUAGUUUGAGCAAGACCAAAUGUGAGAGAAAAGGGAACCUUUACUGGAACGGACUUCUUCCCGACGGUCGCUUCUUCGUCUGUUACCCAGACUGAAUUGGCUUCUUCGUCGUCGUCCUCGUCUACAAGAUGCACUCCGGGAUUGGAGUAUGAGCUUCCGUAACUUGCCCGCUGCGUGUGAUGAAACAAGCCACUGGUGGAUCGAAGAUAGGCGGUUAUGAACAUCACCACGCUAAAGCCAGUGGACAUGUCUCUAAGAAACUCUGCGGCAGUAGGAACAUCCAAUUCGUUUGUCGCUUUUGAAACAAUCAUGACACCGACAACGAUGCGGUGGGGGAACUGUUGGCUGUCAUCCCAGGUAGGAGUCCCUACCAGCUGUGUCGAGACUUGAUGUACAUAGAAAUCGUUGAUGUCUACAUGGCUGUUGUUGGAGCUUGUAGUCGCUUCUUCAAAGUCGUAGUAACGCUGCAUGUUAUCGUGCAACCAAAAGUGCGUUUCAUUGACUACCCCCGCAUACUCGUCUGGUGUGCCCAUUCGAU